CCUGAUUUACCUCCAAAACCAACAAUAAAGAAAGCAUUGCGAAGCAAUAACCCACAGGGUCUUGAAGUUACAGAUAAUGAUCCUGUAGAAGUUAUGCGUAAACAAUUAAAAAACCUCCAAAUCAAUCUAACUAAAAUGAAAAAAGCUACGAAAAAGAAUUCUAACAAGCCUAAAUCUUCUAAUCGCAAGACCAAAACCAAAUCUAGAACCAAAAAAUCAAGUCGAUCAAAACGUGUUAAUGCUCAUAUAAUUUCAGAUAAAUCAUCUUCAGACUCUAGCGAUAGCGAAAAUAGUACAAUAUCUAGUGAAAAUGAACUUGAAACCAAUACCUUGGCACGUUCAUGGAAUGAAUCAGAAUCAGAUUUCUCUAGAACUAGUGACAAGAGAUCAAAGAAGCACAAAAGUGCUAGGUCAAAAACUUCUACCAAAAAAUCUAGUAAUGCCUCUAAUAAAAAGAAUAAUAAAGUUAGACCUGAAGGGUCAUUGCUUCACAAUACUAGGUCACUUAAAAUUCCUACAGAUAAUAUUAGCCUAAAUGCAUUUUUCGCUAUUUUACGGUCAAUGGUUAAUUCAUUUACUCAUACACAACCUAAAGAAGUCUCAAUUAAUAGUUAUAAUAUGAUUAAUGCCGAAUUCAUUGCACUGAAAGAUCCUGUUCUAAAUCAUUUUACUUCGAAUUUCUCAGACAAGGAACAAGAAAAGUUUUGGCAUGAGAUUACUAUAAUAUUCUCUCACAUUUUGCAACCAAUAUCAGAUCUAAUUCGAAUUGCUUCUCAGCAAACAAAUAUACCACCCAAAACAGCCCCAGAAGAGAUACAAUCAGAAGCAGAAAUUUCAUGGCCAAAUCCUAUAGAAAUUAAUUUUAUUCGUAAAAUUAUUCCUAAUGAU